AUGCCAGACCUGGAUAUUAUUCGAUCUGCGGUAGCUGAGCUCCCCAAGGGCCAGCCUUUGGUUGUUUGUCUAGUUGGAGGAACAACUGGAAUUGGUUCGUAUGUAGCCAAGAGCCUCGCCAAAGCCUUUGCUAGUGAUGGCUCCAAACUUCGCGUUUAUAUAAUCGGUCGCAACGCCACGCGUGCUGCAGAUGUUAUCGCCCAGGGCAGAAGUGCUAGUCCAGGUUCCGACUGGCGAUUUGUACAGGCGACAGACCUCGCACUUAUCAGUGAAGUCGAUAAAUCAUGCACAGAGAUCAUCCGAAGGGAGACCGAGGCCCCCUUACACAACACACCGAGUAUAGAUCUGCUAUACAUGAGUCAUUGUUAUCCGAUUCUCCUGAAACCAACAGUAACGAGUGAAGGCCUCGAUGCCUUUAUUUCGACCGUAUACUAUUCAAGAAUCAGAUUCAUUCUACAGCUCUUGCCAUUACUGACAGCAUCCCCUCUGCCGGGCCAUGUCAUUUCAAUCUAUGCCGGGGGAUUUGAGAAUGGGACCUCACCAGGCGAGUCACCCAUCGGCUGCCCUCCACCAGCAACGUACGGUGUGACUGGGGUUCGAAAGCACACGUGCUUUAUGAAAACUUUUAUGUUUGAGGAGCUUGCGGAAAGGAAUGCUGGGAAGCUCAGUCUGACACAUAUUUAUCCAGGCCUCGUUGAUGGGCCCGGAUUUUACAACCCUGAAAUGCCGUUUUGGUUCAGGUUUCUUUGGCGGAUCCUAAAGCCUCUGGCAAUGCUCUAUAUGACUUCAGCGGACGACUGCGGCGACGUGAUGACCUAUCUCGCAACAUCACGGUAUCCUGCAAAGGGAACCGCAGGCAAUAAAAUCGCUGACGAGGUUGAGGUUGCCAAGAGCACGCUAGGGGAGCCUGGUGGUGGUUGUUAUGCCGUUGGGCAAAGAGGAGACGUAGGAGUGAAAGGGAUAAGCUAUGAGACGGUUCGCAAGGACGGAACGAGCAAGGAGGUCUGGAAUCACACCAUAGAGACUUUGACGAAGGUUGAGAAGGAAAAUACGAAGACUAUGACUUCUUAA